AAUCAAAUGUUUGAUGAAUAUACUGAAGCGAGCGCAUGGAAGGAGGAGAAUAAUGAAUAUGAAUAUGGACUACCGGAUGAUACCGAUGAAUCGUCGUGUAAUCAAAAACCGACCAUUGUUUUAGUCGGUCUAAAAAGAAGUGGAAAAACCUCAAUUCGGAAGGUGGUAUUUAGUAAAAUGUCACCAAAUGAAACAUUGUUUGUUGAAAGUACACCUCGUGUUACUAAAGAAACUGCUUCAAAUUCUUUUAUUAAUUUCGAGACCAUCGAAUUUCCUGGUCAAAUGAGCCCUUUCGAUGCAGCCAUGGAUCCUAAUGAGACUUUUAUUCGUUGUGGAGCACUCCUUUUUGUUAUUGAUGCUCAAGAUGAUUAUUCGGAAGCUCUGAAGAGGAUGUGUGAAUAUUUCAGACGGGCAUAUACUAUCAAUAAAAAUAUCAGAUUUGAGGUUUUUAUUCAUAAAGUUGAUGGUCUUAAUGAUGAAUUUAAAUUAGAUACACAACGAGAUAUUUUCCAGCGCGUGCAAGAUGAGCUGGCAGCGCAAGGUUGCGAACACAUCCUCAUAACAUACCACUUAACAUCAAUUUAUGACCAUUCAAUAUUUGAAGCAUUCAGCAAAGGAUCAAACGUGGUUAAAUCAUUUCUGUUUGAUAUAGCUAGCAAAAUCUACGUGGCCACUGACUCAGCUCCUGUUGAUAUGGCAUCAUAUGAAUUAUGCUGCGAUAUGAUUGAUUUAACUAUGGAAAUAUCGGAUAUAUAUGAUAUGUAUUUUGAAUAUGAAGUGGUUGAUAAAGCAAAAAAAUCUUUUGAUUCAAAUUCAUCUUCUGUAAUCCAUUUAAAAACAGAUCAAGUAUUAUUUCUGAAACAGAUAAAUGUAUUUCUAGCUUUAGUCUGUAUUAUUAGAACGGAGAAUUUCGAAAAACAAGGUCUAAUAGAUUAUAAUCUUCAAUGUUUCAAAGAAGUAAGCUAA